CCACGAUCAGUACGAUCCUUAAUCACGUAAUCGCAACUCAAUCCUUGCGCCCGUCUCUAGCGACUCGUUCGACUUGGGACAUCACCUUCCAUUCUAUAUCCUUUCCGGUGUGCAUAGCACAUCUUCCUUGUUGCAGCCUUACCCUUUGUGUUCGCAACCUUCAACGACUUCAAAAUGAGCAUGGACGCUGGCGGUCUUGCUCAAAUGUCCUACAACAACUUCCAGUCCCAGGGCUUUGGCAACCCUACCUCGAGCUUUGCGUCUCGCGGUAAGGGUGCUGCUCUCAAGCGUCUCAGCGUUGCCUCCCCGCCCAAGGUUGCCUCGAUCGCCGAGAACGAGGUUCAGACUCCUCGCACCAGCCGCUCCCAUCUUCUGGCCGGCCUCCGCACUGCGCCCAAGACACCUUCGUCUGUCCAACCCCCUGCAUCUGCGCCCUACAACCAGCGCCAGCACAGCAUCGGCGGAAACCAGAACAACCGCCUCUCCAGGAACUUCAACCAGAACGGUCCCCAGACUGCCGUCGGUUCCGGCUUUGCUGGUGCCAACCAGUACAACCAGCAGCAGCAGCAGCACAUGCUCUACGACCAGGUUCUGGCUCCUCCUACAAUGCAGUACGAUGACGGCGAGAUGGAUCCCGCUGUUGCUGCUCAGCUUCUCGCUACCGAGGUCUACCUUGCCCAGAGGCAGCAGCAGCUCCAGCAGCAGCUUCUCGCUCUUACUGCUCAGCAGUUUGGCAACAUGAACAUCAACGGCAUGCGCCAGUCGCAGCAGUUCCCUGCCACGCCCUUGACCAACGCCUAUGGGCAACAGUUCCAGCAGAGCGCUCCGGCUGUUCAGGAGACGGGUCAGCCCGGUGUCUACCUCAUGUUCAACCAGAUGACCGGACAGUACCAGUACGUCGUCGACCCCACCUACCAGCAAGAGGACAACCUGUCGCACUCCCCACCCCCGCCAACUCCCGGAUUUGCGCCUUCUCCUCCCAAGGUCGACACACCUGUCCUCCACGUCUCUCCCCCCAACGAGGUCAACCCCAGCCCCUGGGCGCGCAGCACUUCCCCUCCCAAGAAGUCGGUGACACCGCCCCAGGACGUUGUUCCUCUUCCCCCACCAUCCGCGAACGCUUUCCGUCGUGGCCACAAGAAGCAGCCUUCGUCGCUUGCGCUUGACCCCAGGGCUGAGAUGCCUGAGGGUCCCAAGUCUGCCUUCGUCCGCUCUGUUGGCUUCCCUGCCACUCCCAUGACUGGCACAUUCGGUCCUGGUCAGGCGCGUGCUGGAGAGCACCCUGUCCGCCAGCCCCGUGGACCGCCUUCAAUCGAAGAGCUCAAGGCCAGCCCCACCUCCAAGCAUGAGGGUAGCAAGAACUUUGCUGCUCGCCAGCGCCGCCAGGCAAUCAGCAACCUUGUUCGUGCUGGCAUCGGUCGCCGAGGUCAGCGCAAUGGCAGCGGUAGCGCUUCCCCCGACAGCGAGAACUUCCCCUCUUCAGACAACGAUUCCGAUAGCGUCCGCAGCGGCGGCAGCGGUAGCCUUUCCGGCAGGCCCAGCAUUGGCAGCCUUCGUGCUGUUGCCAACGGCGCUAUUGGCUCGGAGCGUCAGGCUUCGAAGGAGCGUUCUCGUGGAACCUCUAUUGACCGCUCUUACACUGCCACUAGCGUGAGCAGCGAAGAGGGCUUUGUCGAUGUCCGCCCCAUCCUUGGCCAGCGCCGCUCGACGCCGAAGCUCAUCUUCACCAGCGCUGAGAAGCGCAAGAGCACCAUGUUUUAGAUAUCUGGGAGAAUCCUCACUAGGAACCAGUUUCCUUUGUGCAUAUCACUGGGGCAUCUUUACGAUACCACAGCCUUACGGCCCGUUACGACUCUU